UCAAAAAUGUGGCACCAAGCACAGCGCUUUUUAUUUUUCUCGCUUGUGGCAAGUUCUACGCUAGCCGAGGACAGUGAAGUGGGAAAACUUUUUCGCGACACGGAAGUGGUGCCAGAUGUGCUGGAAGAGCCGCCUAAAGAGCUGCUGAAGAUUGUGUACGACAACGGACUAGAAGUCGGCAAGGGCAAGGAGUUCACGCCCACUCAAACUAAAGAUGAACCAAAACUAGAUUGGAACGCCGAACCGAACUCAUAUUACACGGUUGUGAUGAGUAACCCGGACAUCCCAAGUCGCCAGAAUCCUUUACUACGUGAGUGGCUGCAUUGGUUGGUAGUGAAUGUACCAGGUACAGAUAUUGCCAAAGGGGACGUCUUAGAUCCCUACAUUGGACCAAUGGCACCGAAGAUGAGUGGAGUGUUGCGAUAUGUUUUCUUAAUCUACAAACAACCGGAAAAGCAAACAUUCGAUGAGCCCAUACUCACCAAUACCGACGUGACUGGUCAUGAGAAAUUCUCUUCUAUGAUUUUCGCUGAGAAAUACAACAUGGAAUUGGUGGCGGGUAAUCUGUUCCAAGCACGUUGGGAUGAAUAUGUGCCGAAGUUGCACAAGCAAUUCAGUAUAAAUUUGUGAAAAUUGUAUUGAAAAAUCAGUAAAUGAGUGGAGCGAAAGUAAUGGUAAUGGAGGAGAGGAAAGGUAAUGGUAUAUGGGAAAAAUGGCAUGUGGCAAAAUUAACGAGUAUGCCUAAAAGUAGAUUUAACUUCAAAUGCUUUGGCCGAAAUCGUGUUAGGGUAUCUAUUCAACAAACAUUAAGUAGCUUUGAUUUUUUUCUAAUAUAUAUUUUUUAACAUUCCUGAAAACAACCAAUUACGUAUUGCAUAAGAGUUCUUGAAUACAUUUUAGCUUAUCUACUUUUAGGUGCUACGUUUGUGAAGGUCUUGGAAGUAUGAAUCUUUAGUUUACUCGAAAAAUGGUGGUGCAAGACAAUUUUUGAAAUAUUUUAAGUUUGUAUAAUUUGUAGUUGAACACUUUUUAUAUUUAAUAAACACUUAGCCUAUUUUACGAACA